AUGAAUCCUUCCAAACAAGCCUACGUUGUUGACAAUCCCAUGAUGGAUGUCAUGAAAGUUGUGCCAAGAAAAUCCGUGCAACAUGAACUUUUGAUUCCGGCAAACAUCCAAACUCCGACUUUAACCUCUUCCAUGCCACCACCGCUAGUAUGGAGUUUGGAAAACACCUCAAAAAUGCAGACCCCACGUCCUUCUACCUCUUCGGCCGAGAAAAUCCCUUCAGCCAGCAAUCCUUCCUUAGCCCUUCAACCAGCAAUCCUUUCAAGCCAGGCUCAGAAUGGCUUGGCCAGCCAAUUCCCCGUAUCCGUUCCAGAAGAAGAUGCGGCUUCGAUUGCAUUCGAGCAACAAAUACCGGUCAUGAACAAAAACUCUUUAGAAGAUGCUGACACCUUAUCAAGUCAAGCGACAUCUUCAAUUGCCACGGAGGUAAUAGGUUUUUGCAGGAGUAUGUUUGAUCAAGUUAUGCAAAGACUCGAUCAACUCGACAGCAAAGUAAAUAAAUUGGACAAACGUACUGCUUUGCUACAAGUAACUGUGGACCAUAUAAAAGAUUGCGUUAAAAUGCCACACAAAGUGGCAGAGGUCGACAAAGAGAUGGAAUCUUUAUUGAAACCUAUUUCAACCCCUGAAGAGCUGACAAUCAUGGAGGAAAAAUUGGCUGACGUUAUGUUUUUCAACACUGUAAAACAGUGGAUUGAAUCAACCAUAUCAUCUGGGGAUACGGAUAAUCGACUGCACGAGGCAAUCGAUGUAAUGUUCACCCGGGAGUUUAUGCCUAGCUGUAGCUGGAAGGGUCGAAGCCCAACAGCUAAAAUAGCAUUGGCGAAUUAUAAGGCAAUUAUAAAAAUUUUUAAAGAAAUUGGCAGCACCCCUUUGAACACAAUUUCAGAGGGAUACGUUGCCAAAUUCUUUAAAACAAAAUUGCCGCAUGCCAAAGAAAGGCUGAACCUUGCUGGAAAUAGAAAAGUAAUGUGCAUCAAACGUAAAGCAGAACCACGGCAUUAGUUAAAAACAUGUGCGUAAAUCAA